AUGGAUUACUGUAGCUACUGCGUUGAUAAUGGGGAUGCUGGACGCCACAUUGUUGAGGCUGUUGUUGGGCCAGGACCAAUAAUCGAGGUUUUUUUGACAACGGUGAGAAAUUUUCCUCAACGCUUCGACGGCGAAAGGGUUGAAGAAGCUGAGGAGGAGAAAUUCGUUGUUGCAGAUCCGCCUCUUGACCGCUCAAGAAAGCACUUGACGAUGGAUUACUGUAGCUACUGCGUUGAUAAUGGGGAUGCUGGACGCCACAUUGUUGAGGCUGUUGUUGGGCCAGGACCAGUAAUCGAGGUUGUACGUGUAGAAGCGUAG